AUGGCAAAGCUAACAAAGAUAACAAAUAGUCAAGAUAACUAUAGUAUAGCGCAACUUGACCAUCUUGGCGGUUAUAAAAUAUUGACAAAUGUUAAAAACAAAUCUUUAAACGACGGGAAAAAUAAUGAUUCAAGUUUUGAGAUAAAGCCUCUAACUUGCACCUGGAAGAAAAACUUGGUUCUCUUUUACCUGGACGAUGACAUGAACGAUGGCUUCAUUGCUGAUGAAGAUGAGUUUUUCAUCGCUGCAUCACUGAUCAACAGGAAAGAUGUCAACGAAGAAUCUUACAACAUGCAUCAAAGAUAUCCGUCUGGUCAUCCUACACCUCGUAAACUCAAUAGAAAGAAAGCACUUGCUUCAAGUGACAACAAAAUCAACAAAGGACCACGACAUCUGCCUAUGGCUAGAGGAACCGAAACAACAAAAACGUGGCGUGAACCGAAAAGAAAUAACACAGGUUUCAAGAGAAAGACCUGGUUGUCUGGUUGUUCAACGGCGCAAGAAAAGAAUAUGCCAGGUAAAAUUCUCAAAGAAUUGGAAAUAUCGGAACAAGGCCAUAUACAGGACAUAUGA